AUGGGUAACUUGGAUAAAUUAUUAACAAGUGAGAAUACUACUGAAGGAACUUCUAUAGCGAUAAAAUCAACUUCAACGAUUGCUAAAUUAGACAUCGAAUGUUUGGAGAAAAUUUUAGGAAAUUUCUGUGAUUUAUCUGAUGAUAUAGAAACAUUAUUUAGUUGUACAUUAGUUAAUAGGUUAUGGUGUAAAAUUGCUAUUCCUUUUCUUUGGAGUAAUCCCUUUGGAUAUUUGAGAUGUCAAAAACAUGAUCGUGGAUGGCAACUUAUAAGAACUUAUUUAAGUUGUCUUCCUGAUGAUGAAAAGACAAAGGUAAAUAAGUGGAUCCUUCAAGCAGAUUUAAAAAAACCUUUAUUCGAUUAUCCAAUUUAUCUUAAAUGUCUUGACACUUUUGGUUUUCAAGAAGCGAUGACAAAAUGGAAGAGACAUCAUUGGAGAACUGUUUGGGAAAGACUCGGUCAUUUUGAUAUGGAUAAAGCUAUCGGUGAUAUUCUAUUUAGUAGAUGUAGAGGAUUGGAUAGUCUUGAUAUAAUAUUCUUUGCUUAUACUCAAAAUAUAGCUUACUUUGAAGAACCUUCAAAUGGUUUAACAAAAUUACAAUCUUGUAAAAUUAUUCAUGAUUUACAAGGAAGAUAUUAUAAUUAUACUGAAAAUAGAGAACAAGUUACUUUAAAUGAUAAUUUUAAAAUUAUAACGAAAUACGCUCAUAAUAUUAAAUAUUUAGAAAUAAAUUUACCAGAAAGUCGUUCAGGAAGGACUGGUCAUGAAUUGGUGAAAUUAUUGAAAAAUCAAAAAAAUCUUGAAGAAUUUGUUGUAAGAGAAUUUUGGGAUAUUUCUCUUACAGCUGAUGUAUUUGAUACUUUAAGAUUACAAA